AUGGUUUGUUUGUUUUGAAAAACCAAUCCAGCACGCACUUUCGGUUGUGUCUGCGAUGGCUACACAAGAGCAGCUAGAGCUAUCCGGGCUUAUAAAAUCCGUUCACCAACGACUUCGUGAUUCAGCGAAACAACAAGAUCCGGAAGCGGUAUGGAGGGAACACGUGCGCGAUGAAGGAUUGUUGAAAAGCUACGCAGAAGCAAUGCACAAACUGGCCACCUGCUACUGGGACCGAACGAUGAAGGCGAGCUGCAAACGAUCAAACAGCCGCAUCGAAUGGGUUGUUGCAUCUUGUCGGAGUUACUUCCACGGUGCAACGCCUCUGCUUUACUUGUUCCGCGAGAAGGAUGAUAAAGUGAUGCAGGCAAUCGACGCUGCCUUCCGAUACGAGCAUCGCCCGUACACGAUUGACCGCAUAAGGCUGCUGGAUGUGGGAAGCUGCUACGAUCCGUUCGCAUGCUUUCCGGACUUCGAUGUAACGGCGAUCGACAUUGCACCGGCACGGCCAUCCGUGUGGCACUGUGACUUUCUAGAAGCGGAAGUGAAGCAAAACCUUACGACACCGUUCACCUCAGAGGAGCACCAUUCUAUCACGGCUUUCCCGGGAGACUAUUACGAUGCAAUUGUUUUUAGCUUGCUACUGGAGUAUCUACCUUCGUCGGAUCAACGGUUGCGAUGCUGCCGGAUAGCGUACGAUUUGUUGAAACCGGAAGGAAUCCUGCUCAUCAUAACUCCGGACAGCAGACACCAGGGAGCGAAUGCGAAGCUGAUGAAAAAUUGGCGCUACACCCUUGGAUUGAUGGGAUUCUCGAGGAUCAAAAUCGAAAAACUGGAACACGUAACGUGUAUGGUGUUUCGGAAGUGCAUUUUUCCUGCCGUGGGCGAACGAUGGUGUGAUAUACAUCGAGAAGCGUACAUGCAACCAGUGUUGAAUAUUCCACAGGAUUUUAACGAGCCGAAGCAGGCGGAGGAGAAUGGCGGCUGUGCGAUGGAUGUUCCUCGCACGGAGGAGGACGAUGGAGAAAUAAGGGAGGCGUUCGCGGGGUUGCCUUUUGUGGAAAUGUGAUGAGAUUAAUAAACUGUCCAUACUUUGCAGCUGGA